GAGAAGAGCUCUGUGAGCGCGUGUGAGUUGCCUAUCCGUUCUUGAACUUGACGCAUUGUAUGUGUACGUCGCAGCAGUGGUAUGACGGUUUGCGAUAAGUAAAAUGUCAAAACGUUCCGAUAAAACCCAUAAUAUGUACGAAAAGACGAAAUUAUUUACUCUUUUAACCUUUCUCGUGGUGUGGUUGUGUUUAAUGGUGGAUUACACAGACACUCAGCUGGUAAUCAAUGUUAGAAAUCAGGGUGGAGACGUCGUCCAGGAAAACAUAUCGGCGAACGUCACCGACGACACCAUCACGUUGGAAUUCCAGAGAUCCGACGGCACGCUUGUCACUCAACUAAUUGACUUCAGAAAUGAAGUUCAAGUGCUCAAAUCUCUCAUAUUGGGAGAAGAAGAACGUGGCCAGAGUCAAUACCAAGUAAUGUGCUUCAUUUUCUAUUUUCCCAAAGACUCUUUUAUAUCUUCUGAUGCUAUGGCUAAACUACGUCAAAAGAAUCCUAGUGCGAUUCGAUUACCCGAAGAAGAUCUUGGAAGAACGAAUCAUUCGAUGGAUUACGUGGUACUUUUGAAACAUGCAGGCAUUAUUUCGCCUCAUAUUGGUGAUUUGUGUAAUGAAGCGGGCUUAGCUACGUAUACGUUACAUGAAGAUGUAGUUAAGUGGGCUACAGCACAAGGCAUUCCAUUAUCGUCUUAUAAACCAGCACUAAAGCGGUUCCCAACUUCUCCUGAUCGGUUUUUAACAAACGAUCUAGGCGCCGAGGAUUUCCUUUCGAGCUGCACCGACAUGAAAAAUAUGUGGACACCUUGCGAAUGUCACUUAGAACUCUGUAUAGGCUGGUAUCCUUGUGGAUUAAAAUAUUGUAAAGGAAAAAGUCAUACGAAAAAUUCAGUGAUGAGCUAUAGAUGUGGUAUAAAAACGUGUAAAAUUUGUCAUUUGUUUAAUUAUUACGUUUCACAAAAACAACAAUGUCUUUGGGAUGAAUGACCAUAGUAGAAACCUUUUUGUAUAUGUUUGUAUUUUGCCUUACAUUCGCUUAAAAAAUGGACCAACAUGCCUUAGUGCUGUAUAGAUUGUAUAGUAUCAUUUAUCUAUGUAUUUCAAGGACACCAAAAAUCAUUUCAACUUUUGUAAAUUAUUUUUCAAAGAGUACGAUGGAUGACUUCAUUAUUUGUACUUAAACUUAUAAAUUAAAUAUUACCCAUAAGUAGUCAAAGGAGUCGCGAACUUGUAUUAUCAUUUUUCUCACAUAAAUCCCAAUUGUUUCACCAUUUUCCUUAUUCAACCCAACACCAAAAAAACAAAAAGUAUGCGAUAAAUACCGCAAUGUAUCUGUGAGGAUUGAGUGGUUGGUCUAGCUCUGUUGUAAAAUAUCUUUGUACAAAUUUUCCAGGUCUAGUAUUUAAUUUGAUAUUUUUUCUACCAGUUUACUAGGUCAUUAGAACCAAAUUCGUUCUCUUCUCUAUGCAAUGAAGGCACCUGUAAUUUACUCACUCAUUUUCCACAGGUUUUUAUAUCAUUUGAGUUGAUAGAACCUUUUUGGUCUGCCUCAUGUUUGGUGAGUUUGAUUGGAGGGUUUAUCUAUUGCAAUAUGAUUGACUUGAGUAACUCCAAUGAUUCCUAAGUAAAGUAUAAUUGCUUUCGAAGGGACAAGUCCUGUUUUACUAAAUCUAUGUCUAUAAGUUCUAUAUUUUCAUAGGGAAAGGGGCCUAUCCAUUACUAGUACCACUCGUACUAGGUUUUAUAUAUUUGAUAGAAUGUUCAUCGCGUAAAAAUGUUCGUUUUCACCCAGUCCGAAAUAUGACCUGAAGGAGCCCUUAUUAAAAAUUUUCGUAUCAACCUCGGAAGAAUUUAAUAGUUGAAUUAUGUAAAAAGGAGAAAAUUGCUCUGUUUAAGCUGCCUCAAUUCCAAUUUCAUCCAUACUAUAACUUAUUGUACUAGGAUUUGUCGAUUCUAAAAAAAUUACGGAUUUUGAAAGUGCUCAUACACCUUGAGGUGUAUUCAUUUGUAGAAGUCUUUCAAAAAAUAAUCGCAACUUCUUUUUUAUAUAGAUUCUUUGUCGAUUAAGAGGAUCAAAUUAUUUCGUAAGUCAAGUUCAAUUGUCAGCCGUUCAUAUCACGUACUCUCAAAAAAACAACAAAAUGCUCUUCUUCUAAUAUGACCUAUUAAAAAUCAAUUGAGUCUUGAACAAAAAGAGGCUUUAGUUACGUAGAUAUGGGAAUGUGACAGUAUCAAAAACGGUGGUGCUAUUAGCACCCUCCACAGAAAUUUUCGUUGCUCCUAGAGAAACGGAAAUUUUUAUAGAAAUCCUCACCCUCAACAGAAAAAUCCGUGGCCAUCAUUUUAACCUUAAAGACCCGGAAAGUUUUUAUAGAAACAGAUCAAAAUGAAGCUUUUUUCUGUGUCUCUAAAUCUUACCAUAUUAUCCAAAAUCACCACCCUUCAUGGAAAAAAACCGUGGUCAAAUUUUAAUGUUCGAAACACGGGAAUUUUAAAACUAAACUAACCUAACCAAAUGAAUGAAAAAAUUAUAUUAGGAUUAGAAAUGACAUAUAUGUCAGAUUUCAUCUGUAGGUGGAUGGUAUUUAUCCGUGGACAGUAUUCAUCCGUUAGUUAAAGCUUAUUAUUAUUGUAACAUUCACGGCUGAAAUUAGAGACACAGAUAAAGUUUCAUUCGGCUCAUUUCUUUAAUAAUGUCCGUGUCUCUAUAGACACUUCGUAUCAAAAAUUGUCUACAUUCCAUAUCUCGGACCAUAAGUCUAAGGUUAAACUAAUUGAUCCUUCUAUAAACAUUGAUAGGCAUCGCUUCUUUUGCAAUAAUAUUACAAAGCAACAGAAAUUUGAAUUUAAUGAAACAACUUCCAUUUAAUCUGACGAUGUUUCUGCUAUUUUGAAAGCUAUGAGAAAUGAUUUUUCCCACAGAUACACUAUUGUGAUUCAACAGAUUUUAAACUACCUAAGAACGGUCCUUGAUAUACAUCAUUUGAAAUAUUACAUAAAUUGAUUCGAUUUUUUACACAAUAUUUAUCAAAAUUAAAUGUAACUAAUGAAAAAUUUCUGGAUAAAUAGAUUCAAUACCUUGUUAUUCCAUACGUUUUGUCGUUCAAUAAGAUAAGACGUUUUGUCGUUGAUUUGAGAUUUUAUUAUUCGUUAUACUUUCCCUGGAGUUGUUCAAGUGAUGUACUGAAUUAUAUAUUUCAUUUCUGAAGUGAGAAACUGGAAUAUUAUAGAUAUACGUUAGCGUAGCUGAUAUUUUCCAUUCAUUCUAUGGAAAUCGUUUUUUACAAUUUUUUUAACUGCGUUGUCUUUUACAUUCAGAUGAUCCAAAAGUUCACAAUAAUACUAUAAUUUCAUUGGUCUACUACUGUGGAGGUAAUCCCUUAGCAACAUUCCUUUCAUAUUCCUUAUUCUGAUUAACACCUUCUUGACAAAUUGCUGGAUCUUAAUUCACUUUGUUGUCUAAGUUCUGGAGUCGUACACUCUUUAGCGUCUUGUUGCGAUUUAAGAUCGUGAUUACAAGUCUUAUCUUCAUCAAAACUAAUGUAUAGUGUACAGCAAUAUUUUUAACUAUUUAGAGAUGUGAAUGAAUUUCUUUUUGCUAGAGUUGACUACUCCAUUUUUUGUUAGUUCUGGAGACCUUGAAUUUCCUAUGUUUUCCCAUGUGCUCUUUGACGCAUUAGCCCUAAAAUUUCUUAAUUCGCCAUUUAAGCUCGGUAUCAUUGAAACAAUAUCACAGUCUUCCCUCGUCACGUUUAUGUUAAUAUUAAUGAAUUAACUGAAUCAUCGUCUUUAAUAAAUUUAGUGUAAAAGUAUUAGCAAAUAUAUUUGUUUCUUGUAUAAUUGAAUAGUUUGAUGAACUCAAAUUGUUAGAAUAGAUUGCAUUUUAUUGAGAAUUUUAUAUAUGAGUAUGCUUUUGUUCCGAUAAUUACGAUAUCCAUCUUGCACAGAUCUUUCUACGUAAUGUCUAGGGUUUCUUCUAAAUCUCCCUCUUGCAUAAUUACAUACUGUAUUCUUGAUAUAUUUUCUACCGCUAGUGCACUUUUUGGAAAUCCUUCACGUGUAUUAUCUGUAUUAUCAUAAUUUUAAAUACAGCAGAUAUUUCUACUCUUGAAUUUGGAUAUGAAAACUAAUUAUAUACACCUCUAAUAAUAUUUCGUGAGUUUGUUUUGGUGCUUCCUUCCAAAACUUACAACUUUAUUGCCGAACUAGUUUUUCAAUUGUAAAAAAUUUCUAUGACACAUAUACUUUGAACAACUGGGAAUAAACAAUUGAGAAAACUGAUCUACACAUGCUCAUAAGCACAUACAUACUACCAUUUUAAAAAAACUAAAACGACAAACCUAAUAUCGACAUCUCUUAUUGAACGAUAGAACUCAUUGAACAGUCGAUUAUAUAUGCAUAUAUAUAAUGAAAAAUCUGUUUUACUUGUUUCAUGCAGAUAUCCAUUAUUUUUUCGGUUCUGUUUUCGUGAAUAGUUUUAGAUUAAUACUAUACUUCAUAUUGUUUAAAAAGCAGGAAAUAGUUUGUGAGAAAAGGCGAUAAGAAAUAGUUAUGUAGAAGGUUUUAGGGGAGAGUAGACAAUGUAAAUAUUACUAAUAGUUAAAAUUCUCUCCAGAUGAGUGCCAAACCAUAAGUAAAUUUCAGCUUUUAAUUUUAAAUUCGUCAACUAAAACAGAAUUGUAGUGUAUGCAAAUUAACAUUCCAACUAGAAAUCUUUUUAUACGAGGUCUGGCUAUUAAAUAACGAGACUGGUUGCGAAAAAGGGUUUUAUUAUAACAAUUAUUCUACAUUCGAAUGCUUUCCUUCAAUAUAGUCCCCUCCCCUCACCACACACCUUUCCAUACGUUUUUUCCUCUGAUCGAAGCAAUGCUGGAAGUCUUCUUUGGUGAGUUCCUUUAGGAGCUUAUCGACCCAAUUCGAAUCAUUUUCAAGGCAGAUCUUUUUCUAAUCUUUCUAAGCUUUCAAGGAAAUCUAAGCAGACUCGUUGACGCAAGAACUUUUGGUCAGGAUUCAGAUUUUUAGGCACCAACUUCGCACAGACUUUUGUCAUGCGUAAUUCCUCAUGUACAAUUUUUCUAUCCAUUUUUUUAUCGGCGUUUACAGCCUAGGCAAUCAUCCGGAUGCUCAUUAGACGAUCUGCACGCACAAUUUGGUUAAUUUUGAUCACUGUUUCCGGAGUUGAAACAGACACAGGGCAACCAGGUCUGUUCCAUCUUCAGUGCACUUUCGGCUCUCACUAAAACGCUUACACCAAUCAAAAACACGCGCACGAAAUAGAGAAUUGUCCCCAUAGGCAACUUGCAUCAAUUUAUAGCAUUCAGUCGGAGUUUUUUUCAAUAUAACGAGAUAUUUGAGAUUGAUACGUUGCUCCUGUUGCUCAUAAUAGUGAAGGAGACGUGUUUUCAAACGUGCAUAGACAAGAUAUCUAGAUACCCAACGCACUACUCGUCGUUCGAAUUCGUCGUUAAAAUGCAGGUUCUCUCUAUUUGUGAUACCUAGAGAAAAAAGAUACGUGAACUAAGAAGUCCCCAUGUCCUUACUGGAAUAUAGGACUGAGAGUGUAACGAACAUGGUAGAAAUGUCACUCAAUGACCAGUUUCAUCACUCGAUCUAACAUCAUCAGAUUUUUCUUGUGUGAGUAUUUUGAAAUACGAUUUGUACCCGGCUUUACGGAAAUUUCAAGAUAUGCGAACCAUUGCACGAGCUAGCUUGUAGUUUAUUAAAUUUCCGUCUUGUAAUAAACGGAGCACAUAUUAAUAGGUAAUGCAAUUCAAUUUCUUUAUAAAAGCUGAAAUUCAAAAUAGUUUCACUGGGUAAGUAUUGUCAAGCACAAAGACUAUUAGCUCAAGUCUGUGAGUAAAUUUCAUUAUGGAUAUUUAAACAUAUACAAGGAUCUUGCAAACUUUUUAUUUUUAAAUAACAGCUUUUCCAUAUCGAUAAUUAAUUUAAUUCGUUAUAGAAAUUCUGUACACUAACUAGAAACGUUUGGUUGGUCCUGUUGAGUACUCUGCUCAAACCCCAUAUUAAUCAGAUGCCAAUACUCAUAAUCUCUUGUAACUUUAGUACUAACAGCCUCUGAGAGGGUCACUGUCUCUAAAAUAUUAAAGAACGUUAAUCAUACUAUCAGCUCAUUAUUCUAGAAUCUCUAUAUUUUGUUCAAAUUAUGUUUGUGCGUGCAAAAACCCGUAGCUACAGCACAAAUUAUGAGUAUUCAAUGCAUUUUUCUAAAUUUCAUAUCCAGUUCUUCUUGGGAUAUAAUUUACGCUCAUGGAAAUGUUAUUUAUAAGGUUCACAUGGAGAGAUUUUGCUUAUUUUAACUCAAUUCUCUAUUAUUAUAUCCAAAUUUUAAAUUUUAUCGAUGUAUACUUGCGAGUUUGUUGCAGCUUUAUCGUGGUCUUUACCUAUUGUCCAAAUUACAGAGUUGUCUCAGAGAUAUCAUUAUUGUAAAUUACGUACAAUGUUUGGAUUAUGAUUCUACCUAUUGAGUGUGCAACAACUCAUUCGUCUUUAUGUUAAUUAGGCCUGCUUGAGCCCCUUGAAACUAUCAGUUAUUACUGCGUAUGGUUGACUCUCGUGAAACUACCCACUUGUACAUCAAUGCAUGUUGGACCGUAAAUAUCCAAAACAACUUUCAAACUCCAAAAACACAAAGUAUAAGUCGCUCUCACAUUUAUCAGUUACUCAUAGAGCUUCCAUUUUUGUUUAACAUAGUAGAAUUCCUUUCAUUAAUUCAGAUUUUCAAUUGGAGUAUAGAUUGAAUGAAAUCAUAGAUAGAAAUAGUGAAUCAUGAGAUUUGACUAACCCUACUUUCUCCGGAAAAUCUCUAGUUAAAACCUCGAAGUUAGAGAGAAGGGCCUUGAAUCAACAGGGUACAAAUACCUCUUAAUCUUUUAUGUAUCACUGGUCCUAGUACAUUACAUUGUACUUGUUACUGAAGGUUCGUCUGUGAGAUACGAAUUAGAAUUUUUUUUAUAAUAUAACGACAGAUUGGUUUCGACUUUUAAAAACUGUAUUUCAUACAAUCAGUCUCUUUCAAAAAACAAUACUUCACUUGCUACAACAAUUAUUAUUGUAAUUCAACUCAUAACUUUGAUAGUUGGAAUAUUAUCUAGAAAAAAUUUAUUCAAUUUCCAUCUAGUUCAUAAUACCAGUCAAACGUCUGCGUAGAUAGCUGCAGCCUUUAUUGUUUUGAGUCUUUUCGAUUAUAUUCGUUAUUCUGUCAACUUGGUCUAAUGUUGACUUCCCAAACUAGUUCGAUGAAAUGACGCUCUUCUACAAGCAGAGUUAUUUUUGAAAUUCGUGUCAAAAUCACAUUUAUUUAAAAAUAAAUUAUAUUUUCUUUCAUCUUGGCGUAACGAUGAAUUUAAAUUUCAUUUUUUAACCAAUCUCUACUCAAAAUUAUGUCAAAAAAAACGUUUGUUUAGCACUGAGAUCAUUAUUGCCUUAAAGAGUUUCGCAAAUGAAUUCUGGCUCAUUAUGAUACUUGGAAUAUUGUGUACACUUUAUUCAAUCGACUUUUGCGAGUAUAACGUGAGAUAAUAUUUGCGUCGACAAUCAUUCGAAUUAAUUUUUGAAAUAAUGAUUCUUAAAACGUCUAUUGGGGAUAGAAAGAAUAUUUUAGAUUUGGCUGAAUUAUAACUGUACUGACAAUCCACCAACUAUUUCCUGAGAAAUUGUAAUAAAUAAAGUGUAAUAAUGUAUAAAAAUAAAGAUUUUGAUACAUUG